AAUGUUUCAAAUAAAAAGCAUUCAAUGACCAUUUGGACUCGCUUUUGCCCUGCUUACAGCUGAUCAUAAGCUCUGCUAUCUGUGAUGAAACAUGACCCGCUAGGGGUCAUCGAUGUCAGAGUAAGGUGACCGCGUUGGAAGCCUGGGAUGACUGAAAUACUUUCCACCGUCAUGUUACGGUUUCCUCUGUCUGUUUUAGAGGCUACAGCUGCAAGUGUGAGGUUAGAAAGCAACACGGGGAGAGAAAUCUCCAGAAAUUCAGGCAAAAAAAAAUUUACUUAUUGCAAUUAUUGAAUCUUUUAUAUUUGAAAAAUGUCUGGUGAAACCUCUGAAAGGAAACCUUCGACCAACAAGAGCCUCAGGAAGCUGCACGCUGUGAGCAUGGUGUGCAGCCUGACGAGCGGCUGGCAGCAGUGGGUGGCUGACGAGAAGAAACAAGCCGGCGAGCCGAGCGGCUGGGCACCGUCGUCCCAUGAUGAACCAGAGGAACCCAAAAAGAAAUGGGCCCCUAAAAAGCCUCACUCUACACAAACCCAACCAGCUUUGGAGACACUUUCAGAGACUCGAACAUCUCCAUCUCAAGAAGCGCCCAGCAAUGACGGCGUUCAGACCUCAAACGAUCAGCCAUCUUGCAUCAAAACAAAGCAGGUGGUGAAAACCGUGUCCAAUGGCGUCCAGGAGAAAAUCACAGGUGUCGGCUUCCUGGCUGAGAAGCUGAAAAGGGAAUCCAGAGAGAAGGAGAGCGAUGAUGAGCAGGUUGCUCAGAGACACGGUGAGACGGUUUCAAAGGCUGGGGAGAGGAGCGACUCUGACAAAGACUCAGUGAGGAUAAAAAGACUUCAAGUCUCAGUGUACAAAAAGGAAGCUGAGGAUGCCAACAAGAUAAAUGCCCUUUCUAAGAAACACAGCGCUGUUGGAAAUCUAAAGAGUCGCUGGCAAAACUGGGCGGUGGAGCACACAGUCAGCCAGAAGCUGAACCCCUUCAGCGAAUACUUUGACUAUGACUACUCGAUGUCGCUACGCCUGCAGAAGGGCGAGGAGGGCUACGGACGUCCAAAGGAGGGCACAAAGACCGCAGAGAGGGCCAAACGAGCCGAGCAGCACAUCCACCGUGAAAUAGACGACAUGUGCUACGUGAUCAGGACUAUGGCCGAUCCGGAUCCAGACGGAAAGACCCGAGUCACUUUCGGACAGCUUUUUGACAGAUACGUUCGAAUCUCCGAUAAGGUGGUGGGGAUUCUGAUGAGAGCCCGGAAACACGGGAAGGUGGUGUUUGAAGGGGAGAUGCUGUGGCAGGGCCAGGAUGACGGAGUCAUUAUUACUCUGAUGGUCUGAUGGUUUACACCUGACAUCAGAUGAAAGAAAAGGACUGAGAGAAGCCUGAUCCAUCACUGUAGAGGAUCUCAAGAACAUAUUUGCUGCUAUUUUCAGUAGAUACUUGAAGAUUUUUAUGUUCUGUCAGUGUUGUGAGAUUAUGUGAGUUUUGCAAAACCUGCAAUUAUUAAUGCUUUGACUGAAGUCUACAGAGGUCAUUUUGACUGCCAUAAUCUGCAUUAUUAGGACCGCACUAAGAAUAUGGAGUAUGGAAAGAAUAAUAAAAUAAAAUGGUGAGGACAAAGUCAUAAAAUUACAAGAAUAAGAUCAUAUUACAAGGAUAAAGUCAAAGCAUUAUGACAAUGAAGUCACAAUAUGAUAAUAAAGUUGUACAAGAACAAAGUCAAAAUAAUACAAGAAUAAAUUCAUACUAUUUAAACUUCAGUCUCAUAGUAUUAUGACUUUUAGCUCAAAAUAUUAUGACUUUAUUUUCAUAUUUUGACAAUUCUCACAUGACAUACAGUAUCCUUGUAAUAUUAUGAUUUUAUUCUUGAAAAAUUAUGACUUUGCUCUCAUAUUAUUAUGACUUUAUUCUCAUAUUAUUCUCUAAAUAUGAUGACUUUAGUCUUGUAUGAGAUUAUUGUGGUAAUUGUAUAAGUUCAUUCUUGCAAUCUUAUUUUUUCUUAGUAUGGAGCUAACACUCUGUCGUAGCAUUUAGAGUAGCUCAGAUACUUUUUUCUGUGGCACUUUAUUUACAGCUUUCUGUUUAUCGAGCAUACGUAGAGAUUGUUAGUGAACCUGUGCGUUCACAAUAAGCACUUUUCUUUUUGUCCUGCAGAUGCGUAGAAUAGAGCAGACAAAGCUGAAGUAAUUAUUUUCGGACCAUGAAACUGGAAUCUAUCCAUUAGACACUAAAUCUGACCUGGACUUUCAGAGACACAUAAAAAUAAUUAUAAAGAC